AGACUUCUAAGAUCCGCGGAGCAGCCGGGGCUGCCUUUGGGGUAGAUCUGACGCGAACCGAUAAACUUGACUGGUGAUCAGUGUCCGCCGCCGCGGAUGGCCAGGGACCUCAUCGGACCGGCGCUGCCGCCUGGUUUCAAGACCCGCGGAACAGCAGAGGACGAGGAGCGGGACCCAAGCCCGGUUGCAGGACCAGCUCUGCCCCCUAAUUAUAAAAGCAGUAGUUCAGAUUCAUCAGACAGUGAUGAGGACAGUAGUUCUUUGUCCGAAGAAGGAAAUCAAGAAUCUGAAGAAGAUGAUACUGGUCCAACUGCAAGAAAACAGAGGAGAAAUCAGGAUGAUAAUGAUGAUGAUGAUGAUGAUGAUGGGUUUUUUGGACCAGCCCUUCCUCCUGGAUUUAAAAAGCAGGAUGAUUCUCCUCCCAGGCCUAUAAUAGGUCCUGCAUUGCCUCCUGGUUUCAUUAAAUCUGCACAGAAAAGUGACAAAGGCAGAGAUGAUCUAGGACAAGUAUCAUCAUAUUUCAACUCUGAGGAAACAGAUAGCAGUGAAGAUGAGAAUAUUGUUGGACCAAUGCCUGCAAAAGGACCAGUUAAUUAUAGUGUAACAACAGAAUUUGAAAAAAGGGCUCAGAGAAUGAAAGAAAAACUAACUAAAGGAGAUGAUGAUUCAUCUAAACCAAUAACAAGAGAGUCAUGGAUGACUGAACUUCCUCCAGAAAUGAAAGACUUUGGUUUGGGGCCAAGGGCCUUUAAGAGAAGAGCUGAUGACAAAUCCGGAGAUCGAUCAAUCUGGACAGAUACUCCAGCUGAUAGAGAAAGGAAAGCUAAGGAACCACAAGAAGCAAGAAAGUUGUCCAGUAAGAAGGAUGAGGAAUAUAUAUUAUCAGGAAGAGAUAAGAGAUUGGCUGAGCAGGUAUCUUCAUACAAUGAGUCAAAAAGAUCAGAAUCUCUUAUGGACAUUCAUCAUAAAAAAUUAAAAAAUAAGGCUGCUGAUGAUAAAAAUAAGCCCCAAGAGAGAAUACCAUUUGACCGUGAUAAAGAUCUCAAGGUUAAUCGGUUUGAUGAAGCUCAGAAAAAAGCCCUAAUUAAGAAAUCUAGAGAACUAAACACCAGAUUUUCACAUGGCAAAGGCAAUAUGUUUUUAUAAGGGGAUUUCCCUGUGCAAUGAAGAAAAGUUGAAGAAUACUCUUUUAUCUGUCUCUUCACCUUUAUAUGUUGGUCUUGGGCUUCUUAAGAUUAGAAAUUACUUGAACCUCAAAAAUCUUACAAGUUGUCCUUGUUUUGUGUCCUUGAGGUUAUGUGGAAUCAUAAAAUCAGUGUUUCUUAUGUAGAAUAGAAUAUUUUGUGUGUCUUUGACUUCUGAGGAAACCUGGGCUUUUCUUCAUAAUUAAUUAUUUCCCCUCCUUUCCCCAACUUGCUCUUACCACCCCCCAAACUUGUCCUACAAGUUUCCUCUAAGAUCUGCUCAGGACUGUUUGCUGAAAAUCUACAAUAGCCUGGGCCUUUUUGACAAAUAUAUUUAACCUGCCCUGGAGUAAGCAUAUCAGGUACUUGGUGGAAGUUCAUGAAUUUGGAAUUGGUUGGUUUUUCCCUCCACACUGCAGCUAGAGUACACAUUUACUAGAAAAUAGAGAGGGUAUGGAUUUUGUCCCUUUCAUUAUCAAUUUGUUGUUCUGGCACUCAGGGUUUUUAUGUUGUUUGGAGUUUUUGACUUCUUUGUUUUUAAGCCAGAAAAUGAGUACUCUAGGUUAUCUUGUGUGCUGAGGAAAAUCUACUUUGAUUCUUUAACUUUAAUAAUAAAUAUUUCUGAGGGAGGCAGUCUGAGGGUGGUAACGCUGGUAAAUGUUAUCAGUGUGAAGUCUGUAAGACUCUCCUCCAUGAUCUCACCACAACUGUCUGAAUCUUGGAACUUGGCUUUGGGAUGAUCUUAUUUUUCUCAUUUAUAUAUUCAACAGUUUGUGGUAAAUUUAUUGGAACUGGAUCUUUUAUAUCAAUCAUGGAUAAAUUUUAUUUAAAAAUCAAACUAAUAAUCACUGAAUACAAAAAAUGGAAAAUCUAUAAUCAUAACCAUAUUGGGAGGAUAAUAAGUUUGUGAUGCUUUAUAUACUGCCUCUUAAGAUGAUAAACAGAAACUUGUAAAUAGUUAACUGGAGCCUAAAUGCAAAUCUACAAAUUAUAUUUUCUUGCAAACUAGUCCCAGUUGUUCUGCUAGUCCUAUGUGAGGAAGCACAGGGUUUUAAAAAUAAAGAUUCUGAUUCCCAGUUCAUGUGAGCAUUAUGAAAUUGAGUCAGCUAUUCAAGUAGCAGUACAUAUUUUUUUAUAUCAGUGUAAACAGUGUCUUACUAAAGGACAUUACAUUUAAAAGGUAAAUUAUUCUCCUAAGUAAAUUGAAAAGUCUUCUCAUUUUAAGCAGAAUUGGACAGAACUACCUUUUGACUAAAAGUCAAAAGUGGCUAGUAUUAUCUGAACACAAAACUUCAUACAAGAGUAUCCAUUCCAUUCAUUUUAUUAUUUUUUCAAUGAGAGGAAACAUGGUUUUCUAUUUCUACAUCCCCACAUACAUUUUCAUGAAAUUUGAUAUUUUUUAAAGUAAAAAUGUCAUCUUUGGAUACUUACUUUUGCUUUGCUGCCUCAUCUGAAAGGGAUGGGAAUGUUUCUGUGUUAUGUUUGCUGUUUCUCCCAUAAACUUCAGAGUGUCUGUGACCUUGACCUAAGGGGCAGAACCUCUUCUUUCUAAUACUUGCAGUAGGUACUUCCUCACUGGCACCCUGGAGCUAAGUUCUUUCCUGUCAUCCUGAAGACAGUUUUAACAAAAUGAAAGGCCACUUCCAGAGCUUUUGUUUUGUUUUGUUUUUUUGUUUUGCCCCAAUACAACAUAGACAAUUAAAGAUUGAAGUAGCUAGUACACAAAAUGGAAAGAUGUACUUCCUUUCAUUCCUUCCUCUCUACCAAAUGAAGCUGCAGAAGGCCUACUUGAAUCAAAUCUCCUGAAAAUCUGUUGAUAUUUUCAAAUAAGUUUUAAUUUCCUACAUUUCUCUGACCCCUUUUGAAGAAGAAGAAAAGAGCAACACUAACAUUUAAGUUCAUUGUAUCUAAAAUUAUGUGAUUUUAUCCAGCUUUCUAAGUUGGCAUCUCAGAUAGACUUAGAUGCUUCAAAUAGUAACCUCAUUCCUGGUAAGUAAUUGGUGGGGUUAUUGGGUUUAACAGGUGGGACAAAAGGGAUGGGGAAACAAAAGGUGAGAAAUGGUGCCUAUACCCAUUAUAAGACUUUUAUAUUGGGCAAAAUACAGUAAAUUAAGUCCUGCUCUGAAAGCCAUAGUCUUACUAAUUUUUUUAAUUUUAUUUAGAUGUAGUAACACUUGACAUUUAGUUUAUCAUUCAGACAUUUAAUGAUUCUUUGAAUUAAUGAUUUUUUUAGAAAUGAAGUUGAGAUUUACAUGGUAUUAAGGCUUACAUGAUGCAGAAUUAACAGUGAUUAUGUACAUUCUUUGAUUUCAAAACAUUAUCCUGAAAUGUAGGAUGAUGAGGAGUAGCUUUUAAACUAGUUACAAGAGGCCCUUAUCACUUUCAUUUCCACUUUUUCCAUAAUAAUAUAGGUAUUAUUUUCAAAAGAUCUCCAUCGAGGUACCUAAAAGGAAGAAUAAACAUGGAGGGAAGUGGCUAGAGAUAGUGCCCACGUAACAACAUCCAGGUAUUCUAGUUCAGAAUAUUAAUUUAUUAUGUUGUUUUGGCUUUUGAUGCCAUCAUGAGAUUUAAGUCUGCAAGCACACACCUAAUGCUGCUGUAGAAGAGGUAAAUUUUUUGCAGCCUAGAAUAUUGUUUAAUAGGGGCUGAGGAGGUAGCUCAGUAGUAAAGCACAUGCUUUAGCACGUGAGAGGCCUUGGGCUUAAUCCCCAGUGCCAAAAACAAAACUGUGUAUGACUACGGUAUGUACUAGAUUACAAAGCUGUUCACUGCCCCUUUUAGUCUUUUCAUUUUGAGCAUGACAGUUAAAAGACUGUUUUUAGAAAAGAAAAAUUCCUGAAGUGUU